UAAUUAGGCUAGCCCUAUUAUUCUUCUUAACUAAAUUUAAAGAAAAACUAAUGCAAUGACAUAAAAGAUGUAUUAUUUUAUUUUACAUUAUUUCGAUUAAUAUAUAUCAAUAUAUAUCAAUAACUGUAUCUAGUUCAAUGAUUGCACCUUUUGAAUUAUGCUUUAUGUUUUAUGUGUAUAUUAUGUUGUAAAGUUGUUAUUCCAUGUUAUGCUAUGACUGAUUGUGUACAUUUUCUAUGUUCGUAACAUGGUAAUAAAUGAAAUGAAAUGAAAUUUAGCUGAUAUAUUGUAGGUUCUCUCUCAAUGACAAAUUAUAUUAUAUAAAAAUAUGACGAAAUAUAUUCAUGUUCAUCUAAUUAAAACAAAAAUUUCAUUAUAAGGUUAUUAAUUUAUCACCAGUGAGAACAAACAAUACAAGGCAUAAAAAAACACAGUUAAAAUAGAAUCACCCAUGUUUUUUUCUUCGAGGCUUUAAUAGUACGCAACUAAAAUUAGAAAGAACUGUACCUUUUUUAUUGCACCACGUAUACGAAGUAAAAGUCGUUACGGAGCAUCCAACGGAUGAUGAAGGAUGAACGUUCAUUUGUUUCAUUCAAAAAAAGUAGAAACAUAUAUGUUUAUUUCGAAAUGUUAGGAUUAUACAAAUAAAAGUAUUUAUCUGUUAAUUACGUAAAAUUUCGUCUUGGCUGAUAACAACGAUAAGACUACAUUAUUUCUUAUUUACGUUAUAACUGUUAACGGAACAGAAGGCGUCGGGCUUCUUGUUUGUUUAUUCAAAUGGUUAUUGCAUUUUUUAUUUCCGAAGACAAUCUUUUUGGUAUUGAUGCUCAAAAAUGUAAGUAGGUACUUGGUCGUUAUUCUUAAACAUCAAAUCCUCUCGAUAAUGACAUAAAAGGCUAUCGUUCGAUCUUACCAAAAAUAAAGUGACUCACUCCUAGAAAAACUGUUAUAGGACAGUUUGACCUCAAAAUGUUUGAAUCUUGAAUCUUUCAACUUGCUAUGCCGGUUCGUUUCCAAGGCGUUUUAUUACGAUUAGAUUUAGAACGUCUCGUUAGUUUAUAGUUUGAGAAGAAAUGGAAAAGAAUAAAGCGCUACCGUUUCAAUCGGCUGAUUUACAAUUACCGCCGGAGAUUGCUGGUUCGAGUUCUAGCAAAAGCAGUUUCGUACAAUCGUCUAAUUCGGCUUUUUCGGGGCGCGGAAUGUAUCGCUCCCACCGUAGAAGUAAAUCGUUAUCGAAUAUCGGGCCGAAAGAAUAUACAGCGGGCGAAAUCAGGAUGAUUCAAGAGCGAUUGCUGAGAAUGAACUCACGUCUUCAACCAGCCACAGUAAAAAACUUGUCGGCGGUCCAAAAAAUGACUUUGAUGUCGCUAGCUUUGGUUGACUUUUUUUGUUUCUGCUCCAUGUCAAUUAUGGCUCCAUUUUUUCCAAAGAAGGCUGCGGAAAAAGGACUGUCGGAAACAACUUCCGGCUUUGUUUUUAGUUUUUACGCGCUGGUCAUGUUUGUUUCGUCUCCCGUAUUUGGAAAAAUUCUUCCAAGGGUUGGAGCCAAAUUCCUGUUCUUAGUUGGGAUUUUUGUAGCUGGUGCAUGCAAUUUGAUAUUCGGGUUAUUGGACUACAUCCAGAAUUAUACCCUGUUUACGAUAUUUUGUUUGCUUAUUAGAGGAUUCGAGGCACUCGGCUCUAGUGCUUUUUCUACCGCAAGUUAUGUGUUUGUGGUCAACACUUUCCCCAACAAUAUCGGAGCUGUUAUAGGUAUACUGGAAACUUUCGUGGGAUUAGGAAUGAGCACGGGUCCAGUUUUGGGUGGAUUUUUGUAUGCGCUAGGUGGAUUUUCUUUGCCAUUUUUCGCACUGGGUAUCAUUAUGGUUGCCAUAGUGCCCCUAAACAUGUGGCUUUUACCAUCGGUUCAGGAUUUUGACACCGUAACGAGUAGAAAGACGUCGAUGCUUAAACUACUUAAGGUACCAGCGGUUUUAGUGACCGGAACUGCGGUCGUGGUAGUCUCAAGCACAUGGGCCUUUCUAGACCCGACAUUGGAACCUCAUUUGCGACAGUUUCAGUUGACCUCGGCCAAGAUUGGACUCAUAUUUUUACUUUUUUCCGGUCUCUAUGGCAUUUCUAGCCCGGCCUGGGGUUGGUUGGCGGAUAAACUAAAUAAUCAUUGGUCGAUGAUGGUGGUAGGAAUGUUUAUGUCUACAGUCGGUUUGCUAUUGCUGGGCCCAUGUCCUUUUAUUCCGUCAUUUCCUAGCUCGCUUUGGCUAAAUUUAGUCGCAUUGUCGAUUUUAGGAAUCUCAGUUGCUCUGGCUCUGAUGCCAACUUUUCAAAGUGUGCUGAAUAGUGCAAUCAACGGAGGAUGUAGCGACUCUAUAGCGACAUACAGUGUGGUAGCUGGAAUUUGGUCGUGCAUGUAUUCGCUAGGAGAAGUGAUUGGACCCGCUCUAGGAGGAUUCCUUCUGCAGUAUUACGGCUUUCCUGUAGCUUCGAGCGUAAUGGCGGCGUCUACAUUUUUCAUGGGAGUUAUAGCUUUCUUUUUUUACGCUUUUCAAUCUUCGUGGGGCGAAAACGAAUCCUGCUCUGAUAGUGGGAUCAGCGCGUCCUGGAAGAACAGCGAUAGUGACGAAUCUGAGGAAACGGAUCCUUUGCUACUUUCUGGAAUAGGAUCAGGCUACCGAUCGUACACUGAGGAAAAAGUUCAAUAUUACGGAACCAGCAGGAGACAGGAUUAUAAACUAGGCGAUGUGGAUUUUAAUCAGGUUACCGAUGUGAGAGGCACCAUUUCUAUAACUGCCAGAGGAUCGUGCGAAGUAUAGCAGCAGUGUUAUUUAUGAUUUGCUUUUAGAUUAAUUUAUUUUAAUUUUUUGAAGUUAAUGCAAUAAAUAUAAUUUGCAAAUAUAUAGU